CGCCCAUCAGUGCGUUCCUAUUGGCUGGCCAGGCUUGGCGCCAAAGCGCGGAGGGGAGGUGAGGAUCAGGAGCUGUGGGACCGGGAAAGAUAGGAGCCGAGAGCGGCGGCAGAGAGCCCGGGGACCGUUUGUCGUGAGAGUGGGCGGCUCACAAGGCCGCGGGACCGGGGCGCGUCUGCCAUGUUCUGCGAAAAGGCCAUGGAGCUGGUCCGCGAGCUGCAUCGCACACCCGAAGGGCAGCUGCCCGCCUUCAACGAGGAUGGACUCAGGCAAGUUCUGGAGGAGAUGAAAACUUUAUAUGAACAAAACCAGUCUGAUGUGAAUGAAGCGAAGUCAGGUGGACGAGGUGCUUUGAUAUCAACCAUCAAAUUGCGACACUGUUGUUUGUUGAGAAAUCGCCGCUGCGCUGCCGCGUACCUGUAUGACCGAUUGCUUCGCAUUAGAGCACUCAGGUGGGAAUGUGGCAGUGUCUUGCCAAAUGCUUUACGAUUUCACAUGUCUGCUGAAGAAAUGGAGUGGUUCAAUCAUUAUAAAAAAUCCCUUGCUACUUACAUGAGGUCACUGGGAGGAGACGAAGGUUUGGACAUUACACAGGAUAUGAAACCUCCGAAAAGCCUAUAUAUAGAAGUGCGGUGUCUAAAAGACUAUGGAGAAUUUGAAGUUGAUGAUGGUACUUCAGUCCUAUUAAAAAAAAAUAGCCAGCACUUUUUACCCAGGUGGAAAUGUGAGCAGCUGAUCAGACAAGGUGUUCUGGAGCAUGUCCUGUCCUGACUUCACCCUGGGGCGCUGCCAGGCUUCCCUGGGGUGCAAGGUGGAACCCAGCCAUGGAAACGUCUACACGUGCCUCUCCACCCUCCUCUGUCCCCACCCCUCUUUGGCUAUAAAAGUUGCGUCCUUUAAGAUAGUCAGGAGUACUUGGCUGAGGAGUGGGGUUUGUUUUUCUGUUGUACAGGAUUCCUCCUCCUCUUUGUAAUAAGCUGUACCUAUAAU